CGCUCCUCAUCGAAUAAUGGAACCUGUUGUUAUGUUUAGGUACGUUAACAUUCCUUGACACACAGGCGCGCAACAUUGUACUAUCUGCUCAGCUCCCUUUUCAACAACUGACGUAACAAAAACACACAAAACGCCAUAGAGUUUAUACUAUUACAUAGUAAGCUUUUUUAAUACAACUGUUAGGGCUUGGAGUUUGCCAGGGCUUGGGGCACUGUUGCGUCUAGGAAGCCGAACAGCUGAGCAAACCCACAUGGUCUCUGCAAUUAUCCUUGACGGUUAUCUACAGAAGAAGAAAAAAGACGACAAGCGCAGCUUCUUGUCAAGCAAGUACCAGCGCAGAUGGUUCGAGCUUACGUCCGAUACAUUGGCUUAUGCCAAGGACAAGCGCGAGUUAAAGGAUGGAGGUGGCGACAUCGAGGUGUUUGCUAUCCACGAACUGAAGUACAUCAAGAAGCAGGAAGACAUGAAGUUGGAGAUGAGAUUCCCGGAGCGCGUACUUCGUGUCAAGGCUGAAACUAAAACGGACCACGAGCGUUGGUAUGAAGCAAUCAAAGACGCACGGCAGAAGAAGCUUGAUGGAAACAACACCCCACAGGCAAAGCAGCUGGAAAACCUGAAGGAGCACACCAAGCAGCAGAUGCUGACCGCCAACGACGACGACAGCGACGAUGACGGCCCCGCUCCUGGCGCCAACCAUCACCACGCUGCCCCCGUUGCGGCCCCAGCCGCCACCAGGAGGCCCGAGCCGCUGCUGACGGUACCGCUAGACGCGCCUCCGCCCAACAACCGCCCACCAUCGCCUAGGUCCCUGCUCGCCAACCCCCGCAUGGGAACCAUGAUGAUUGCGGCACCCGCCCGCAAGCAGCAGCAGCAGGAAGAGGAGGAGGAGGAGGAGGUGGAGGAGGUGCAGGCUUUCCAGCAGUCGCCCCCCAAGCCGCGGAGCCGCUGGCAAGACGAAGAGGAGGAAGAGGCGGCCCUGCAGCAGCGACAGCAGCCACAUCAAACCUCACGCCCCGGCACCGCUGGGUCAUCUCGACCGGGAACAGCGACCUCCUCGCGGCCUGGGACCACCGGAUCCGCCGGCUCCAACGGUUCCAACGGUCGCGGUGGCGGCGCCGGCAUGGACCGUACGUCCGGUUCUGGAGCACGCGAGCAGCAGCAGCAGCAUUCAAGCGAGCGGCUAACGCUAAACAGCGGACCGCAACCCCGGAGCCGAAUGGCGCCCCCAAGUGAUGGCAGCAGCCACGGCGGCGCGCCGGCGUCCCGCGGCGGUGAGAGGCUGCAGUUGGCAGAGGGUAGCAAGCCAGCGUCGUCGUCGCAGAGGCGUACGCCUAAUGGUGGGCAGAGUGGGCAGAAGCUGAUGCUUGGCGGCGGCGGCGCGGAAACGACGUCGGCGACGUCUGGGAGCCGUAGCAGCAGCCGGCCGGGCAGCGGCGGCCGCGGCAACGCUGCAGCGGAGGCGCCGCCGCCGCCUGUUGCAACCGAAGGCAAACCGGAGGAGUGGGAGGACGACGAUUGGGACAGCAGCGACGACGAUGGUGAGGAGGAGAAAGGCGCCCAGCAAAGACAGCAACAGCAGAGACAACAGCAACAGCAACAACAGCGUCCGGCAACAGCUUCCAACGGAGGUGGACGCACCGGCAGUCGCCGUGCUUCAGAUGAGCAGCCGCAGCCGCAGGCGGCGGCGCAGGCUCCAGUAUCCGCGACUCGGCGGCAGUCAGGGGACAGUCACGGCACGCCUGCUCCUCCUGCUGCUGCCGGCAGUGCCCGGGGGGCGGCUGCGUCGCUUCCGCCGAAGGCGCCCGCGCCCUCGGCACGUUCCGGGAGCGGUAGUGGGCGUGGCGGCGGGGAGGGCCCGGCAUCCAAGCCUGCGGCACAGCAGCAGCAGCGGCGGCGGCAGGCGGAGGAUGAUGAUGAGGAGGAGGAACGAGAAGAGGCCGCGCUCGCCAAGCAUGCAGCGGGCACCGACCAUUUGGAGGAUAACUGGGAUUCAGAUGAGGACGAGGAGGAGGAAGAGGAG